UCCCACAUCCAAGUUACUUCACUCAGUACUGGAACAUUCAGAAUGAUCCUGUAAAUACAUCAACAAUAUGGACACUGAUAUUCUAAAGCAAGACAGGGGCAUAACAGCAUUUGUUUAUCAAGUGUUAACUGAAGAAAUACAAGCAAUGCAGUAUUUUUGGUUAGCUUUGCCUAUAAUCUUGGUCAUUGGACUUCUCUUCCACCUAUGGAAGAGACCAAGAAACUUCCCACCAGGACCUUGGACUAUACCUGUUUUUGGAAAUUUCCUGCAGCUGGAUUACAGGAACCCCCUGCCUGACUUCAACAAGCUGGCAAAAAGAUAUGGGAAUGUCUUCAGAAUCUAUUUAGGAAGUAACCCUUCUGUCCUGCUUCAUGGGUUUGAAACUGUGAAAGAAGCACUGGUGAACCAAGCAGAAGCAUUCGCUCACAGAACCAAACAUCCUGCAAUGAACAUAAUAUGUAACCGUAAGGGCCUUAUCAUGGUUCCUAGUGGGCAGCACUGGAAAGAACAUAGGAGGUUUUGCCUUAUGGUGUUGAGAAACUUUGGCAUGGGUAAAAAGACCAUGGACGUUAGGAUAAAGGAAGAGAUAACCUAUUUUGUGAGAGCCUUGGAAGACCAAGGAGACACGCCAUUUGACCCAAGUAAUCUAGUAAACAGAACUGUGGGCAAUAUCAUAAGCUCUGUCUUGUUUGGGCAUCGGUAUGACUAUGAAGACCACUUCUUUGGACAAAUCAUUCAGUCCAUUCAUGAAAAUAUGAAGAUGGCUUUUGGAAUGUGGGGUGAGAUUUAUAAUGCACUGCCCUUUCUUAGAUGCCUGCCACUACCAUUUCAGAACAUGUUCAAGAACUCAAAAAUCAUUCAAGCUUUCCUGAAGAAGGAAAUAGAGGAACACAAAGAGUCUUGGAUACCUAAUGACCCAAGAGAUUACACUGACUGCUAUUUAGAUGAACUUAAGAAGAGAAACAAUGAUGGCUCAUCCUUUGAUGAGGAGAGCCUGCUGCACUCAUUGGUGGAUUUGCUGGUUGGUGCCUCAGACACAGUUUCUAGUGCUGUAAUGUGGAUGAUACUUAUGAUGGUCACCUACCCUGGCAUUCAAGCCAAGUGUUACAAUGAGAUUUACUCAUUAGAACAGAGUAAAACUGAUGGGCUCUGCUAUGAAGACAAAACUAAACUUCCUUACAUCCAAGCUGUGUUACAUGAAGUUUUACGUUUUAGGACACUUGUCCCAGUGGUGUUACAUGGUGUGUCACAAGAAGUUACACUUUCUGGAUAUACAAUCCCUAAGGAAACCCGUAUAAUGGCUAGCCUAACUUCUGUACUGCAUGAUGAAUCCCAGUGGAAAUUCCCACAUGAAUUUAAUCCUUCUAACUUCCUGAAUGACAAGGGAGAGUUUGUUAAAUCUGAGGCAUUCAUGCCAUUUGGUGGAGGUCCAAGAUCAUGUCUGGGUGAGAAUCUUGCUCGGAUGGAGCUCUUCCUCAUCUUCAUCAAUCUGCUGAAGAACUUUGAGUUCAUCUGGCCUGACAGUAGCAGAGUACCAGACAUUACACCAAUAUUUGGGACAGUGAUAUCACCACAGCCCUUUACAGUGAGAGUGAGACAGCAACAGCCCUGAAGGUUUCAGCAGUUCUAAAGACAAAGAGGACAUUAAAAAACAGAAACUACCACGAGAGUUUGUUUUCUGAUUAUGGAAUGAACUUUGGUAGCCAUACAUGCAUAAUUAAUAAACAGAAUUAUGAAUAUGA